CACCUCCACAUGCUACACCUCACACCAGACAGCUUUUUCAACUUGUGACCAUGAAGGGAGACGUGGAUGCUGCGUCUAAAAAGGGUCCUUUAAAUGGCCACACCAAACCUCUGGACGUGGACCCCAAACCAGAGGAGAAGUUGGCCGAGCGCGGUCAGUGGACCAACAAGAUGGAAUUUAUCCUGUCGGUGGCUGGGGAGAUCAUCGGCCUGGGGAAUGUGUGGCGAUUCCCUUACUUGUGCUACAAGAAUGGAGGAGGUACGUUCUUCAUCCCAUACCUCAUCUUCCUCUUCACCUGUGGGAUACCGGUGUUCUUCCUGGAGACGGCUCUGGGCCAGUACACCAGCCAGGGAGGCAUCACCUGCUGGAGGAAGAUCAGCCCCCUGUUUGAAGGAAUCGGGUAUGCCACUCAAGUCGUCGUGGCCUUUAUGAAUUUCUAUUACAUCGUUGUCUUGGCGUGGGCAAUAUUUUACCUGCGGUAUUCCUUCUCCUGGGAUUUGCCUUGGUCCUCGUGCAACAAUACAUGGAACACAGAAACUUGCACCGAAUUCCAGAGGAGGAAUGAUUCUCUAGCCCCCGGUCAUUAUGAGAAUGCUACUUCUCCAGUCAUUGAAUUUUGGGAGAGGAGGGUGUUGCGGAUCUCCUCUGGUAUUGACCACAUGGGGGCGCUCCACUGGGACCUGGCCCUCUGCCUCCUCAUCGCAUGGGUCAUGUGCUACUUCUGCAUCUGGAAGGGUGUCAAAUCCACCGGCAAGGUGGUUUAUUUCACAGUGAUGUCCCCCUACGUCAUGCUACUGAUCCUACUCAUCCGAGGAGUCACACUGCCCGGAGCCGUCCAAGGGAUUCAGUACUACCUCUACCCGGACCUGGGCCGACUGAGCGACCCACAGGUUUGGAUGGAUGCAGGGACCCAGAUCUUCCUCUCCUACGCCAUCUGUCUGGGAUGUCACACAAUGCUGGGCAGUUACAAUAAGUACAACAAUAACUGCUACAGGGAUUGUCUGGCGUUGUGCUUCCUCAAUAGUGGGACGAGCUUCGUAGCUGGCUUUGCCAUUUUCUCCAUACUUGGCUUCAUGUCGUAUGAACAGAAUGUGCCCAUUUCUGAAGUGGCAGAAUCGGGUCCCGGCCUGGCCUUCAUUGCCUACCCGCGUGCUGUCUCCAUGAUGCCGUUCUCACCUGUGUGGGCUUGCUUCUUCUUCAUCACGAUCGUCCUGUUGGGUCUGGACAGCCAGUUUGUGUGCGUGGAAAGCUUGGUGACCUCUGUGGUGGACAUGUACCCCACAGUGUUCAGGCGGAAAAACAGAAGGGAGCUUUUUAUCCUGGCUGUGUCUGUGGUGUCCUACAUGGUCGGACUGAUCAUGCUGACUGAGGGGGGCAUGUACGUCUUCCAGCUGUUUGACUACUACGCUGCCAGUGGGAUGUGUCUUCUGUUCGUGGCUAUUUUUGAGAGCGUCUGCAUCGCAUGGGUCUAUGGUGCUGAUCGUUUCUAUGACAACAUCGAGGACAUGAUUGGCUAUCGACCUUGGCCAGUCAUAAAAUACUGCUGGCUUUUCUUCACACCUGCUACCUGCUUUGGCACAUUUGCCUUUUCCCUGAUUAAGUACACUCCCCUCAAGUACAAUAACGAGUAUGUGUACCCGUGGUGGGGCUACGGACUGGGCUGGCUGCUGGCUCUCUCCUCCAUGGUCUGCGUGCCUCUCGGAGUGGCCUACCAUCUUUACACCACCAAAGGAACACUCAAGGAGCGUUUGCACUAUCUGACCCAGCCCUCUGUGGACUUGCCCAAGACCAAGCAGGAGCAGCAGAAACUGCUGUCACUCUACCCAGCAGCAGAAGCGGAGGGUCUACUGCACCCCCAGAGAACACUCUCCAACAUGGAUGGCUACCAGAGCGCUGAGUCCAACUGCUAGGAGCCACCAGAGAAUCUGUACCGUACAUGGAGAAGGUUCACAGGCGCCAACUAGCUGCAGUAUUGGCUACAACUGUAACCAAUCAGAGUGAAGCUUUUCCUCUAUUCUACUUCUCUGGAUCCACCAUGUUGGGUAUCAGUAGCCCUCUCCCCUCUCUCCUGUAUCCACCAUGUUGGGUGUCAGUACCCCUCUCUCCUGUAUCCACCAUGUUGGGCGUCAGUAGCCCUCUCCUCUCUCUCCUGUAUCCACCAUGUUGGGUGUCAGUAGCCCUCUCUCCUGUAUCCACCAUGUUGGGUGUCAGUAGCCCUCUCCUCUCUCCUGUAUCCACCAUGUUGGGUGUCAGUAGCCCUCUCCUCUCUCCUGUAUCCACCAUGUUGGGUGUCAGUAGCCCUCUCCUCUCUCUCCUGUAUCCACUCCCUCAGCUCGUUACCUCACACAUGACAAGGAUCCAAAUAUAUAUCCAAAUAUACUGAGCCUGCACAUGAGGGGCCUGCGUACAGUACCUGGUCCUUACCCAGCCCUGCACAACAUCUCAUCAUGAUGGACUGCAUAGAUGGAGAUUUCUUUUCUUUUUUUUUGUGUG